AUGGCAGAAACCAAAAUCGUUUCGAAUGUGCCAUAUCAGGAAGCAGUGGGAUGUGUAUUGUAUUUGGCGCAAUGCACGCGGCCAGAUAUCUCGUUUAGUGUUGCAAGCGUAAGUCAAUUUAACCAACAGCAUGGGCAGGCUCAUUGGACAGCUGUAAAGCGCAUUCUGCGCUACCUUAAGGGAACAUUGCACUACAAAUUGACAUAUGCUCUAGAUACGAAAUUCGAUGAAUUAUGUGGCUACACCGAUGCAGACUGGGCAUCGAGUUUUGUCGAUAUCAAAUCAUGCACUGGGUAUGCAUUUCUAUGGCAAGGUGCAGCAAUAUCAUGGGCUACAAAGAAGCAACCGACUGUUGCAUUGAGUACAGCGGAAUCUGAGUACAUGAGUUUAUCAGCAGCCACUCAGGAAGCACUUUGGCUAAGCCAAUUGAAGAAGGAAAUACUUGGUGGAGAUUGGUCACCGCUUGAAAUUUUCUGCGACAAUAAAGCAGCCGUUGAUUUAACUGAAACUGGAACUUUUAGUCUAAGAACAAACACAUUUCUAUAA